CAAUUGUCAUAGCAACGGGUCGCGCGUCGCGGAAGUGUCGGCGGAGUCCGGGCAGUCUCCCCGCGGUUCCAGCGGCGGCCGGGAGAGCGAUGCUGGGCCAGUGGAGCCGGCGCCCGCGGGAGGUGACGGGCCCCACCCCGCACUCAGUGGCGCUGAGGGCCAAGUUUCCUAAACCUGAUAAGUCUGAAUGUUUCAUCUUGGAAUGCAGACGUAAAGAAAAAGAACGUCUUGAAUACUUGGCUUUCACAAAGGUUCACAACAGAGGUCUGCAGGUCAGUCAGUGGGAGAAUCACAAUGAACGCAGAAGGCUUCACAGUAUUGUACAGAAGAAGGUCGAUCAGACAAUGCAGGAGUACCUGGCAGGAACUGAGGAUAGAAGAGAGAGGCUUCGGGCACUUCUGGAAGCAGAAGAAAAGAGCUAUUUCACUGAGAUGGAGUCAAUGGAAGAAACCAUGCUGGAAAGAGAAGCAAAAAUGAGAGAGAGAGCAAAAGUGCUGAGAGAGAAGAGAGAGGAAGAAAGACAAAAAUUGGUCGCUCUAAAGCGAGAACAACAGUUCAGAGAACAGUGUGAAGAGGUUCGUUUACAAUGGAGUCAGAGACAUCAGAGAGAGGUGUGUUCAGACCGACUGGCCCAACUGGCCCUUAAGGAAGAAUUGAAGAAACAAGAGAAGAGGGAGGAACAGAUAUUUGCAGAGCUUUGGGAAGAGGACCGAUUGGCCAAGGAAAAACGAGGGAUAGAGGACUUCCAGAAAAAAUCCGAACAGAAUCAAGAAUUGCUGAAUGUGCUUAAUGCCCAGGUAGCUGCACUGGAUGCUCAAAAAGAGGAGGCAAAGCGACUGAAAGAAGAAGAGGCUCGAUUAGUGGAAGAGGAAAUGAAGCUGUUUAAACUAGAAAAUGAGCGAGUUCAGAUGGAGAAAUUACAGAAACAGAAGGAACACAGGGACAUGUUGAUCAGUUCAGCUCGGGCAAAGAUGAAGCGUCUUAAUCGGGAAAAACAAGAGGAACUUGCUCUAGACAUGAAGAUCCUAGAACGAUUUUCCCAUGAAUCCCAGGAAGACACAGAGGGAAAAAAUCAAAGAAAACAAGAGCUGUUCAAGGAGCAGCAGAUGUAUCGGGAAUAUCUGGCUCAACAAUUGGAAGAGGAGACGCGUCGAGAGAAAGAAAUGGACAAGCUGCUGGAGGAAGAGAUAGAGAAGUCUUGGGCCAAGAAGGCUGAGCAAAUGAGAUUGGAAAAGGAAGCUAGGAAACGGCUAAUGAAAGAUGUCCUGGAUACAAGACGACUGCAGAUUGAGGAGAAGUUGGAGAGAAAUGCAAAGCAGCAGGAAGAACUUGCUCAGGACAAGGAACUAUUAGCUGAAGCCAUUAAAGAACUCAAUUCUAUAGAAGAAGAAAAAUAUUUAAGACGAAUGCAGGAGGCAAAAGAAUAUCGGGAGCAGCUGCAGGCUCAAAUUACCUAUCAGCAGCAGGCCCACAUUGCUGAGGAAGAAGAGAAGCAGCGAGAAUAUGAAUCAGGACUAGCAGCAGAGAGAGUGUACCAAGAAAAGAUGAAAGACAUUCUAUCAAGACCCUACAUGAAACUAGCAGAAAUCCAUCCCUUGAGAAGAAAACUAAUGUCUAAUCUGCAAGUAUAGCAUUUCCUUAUUGUGAUGUAUACAACUUCAGCUCCCUUUAGACUGUAUUUAAAACAGUAUAUAUGAAUUUUUACUUUUCAUACUAAUUAAUAUAUCUGGUUCCAUUUUCCCUGUAUUUGUAUGCAAAUCAUUUUAAGGAGCAUAUAUGUAUAAGAAUUAGACACCUUUUCAAAGGGCUAUUUUUCCCCUUUGGAUUUUCUUUGAGACAAUAACUUUUCCUUCGUUUAGAUUCAGAAAUUUUUACAUUUUAAAUAAAACAACAUGGUGUAUGAA